UUGUCUAUCCCGGUUCCCAAGGCCACCGAAGACCAAUUCCUCGACCAGGUGCAUGCCCAGUACUCACUAUACAACACGAACAGUAUUUACUUUCGUAUUAUAAACCUUGAAGUUUGAAGCCUAGGAUCCAGCUAUUUAUCCGACCAACAUCCGACCAGACGACGAUACCUAUAGUCUGCGAACGGUUGAUAGACCACCUGGCAGACCGAAUGUCAUAGCGCCAAGUCAUUACCGCAGGAGUCGGGUGAUGAGUUUAUUGGAGCUAACUAUGAUGUUAAACGCGAUGUUCCUCCACAACUGUCGUUCUCUACUUAAGCAACCGCUGUACGUUCCUGACUUUUUCAAACGUACCCUUGAGCAUACCCACCCACCUCACUCGCUGCAACACUUAACCAAUUCCUUCUCUCAUCUUGUUGUCACAGCCCCUCGCUCGAUUCUACUAUCUUUCUAAUAUCCAUACCCAAUUCGUUGUUAUAUUGGUUCUACAUCAAAUAAUGCAUCCAGCUCAGAUUCUCUGUCGUCCCCUCACCGUCCGUGUCAUGAAGGGCGCCGCAGGUCGAUACACGCACUACCCCAACAAACUUCACCAGCGUACUAUCAUCACCCUCAAGGACCACCUCUACUUCGCUAAGGCAACUGCAGGCGGUCCCGGCCGCAACGGUACAGUGCAGUCUAACGGCGACUCGCCUCUCGAAGUCAACAUGUCCACGCCUAAGAUUGCAGGAGGUAAGGGCGACGGCCCUAGUCCUGAACAGCUUUUAGCCAUGGCAUAUUCUUCAUGUUUUCUUGGUGCCCUCCAACUCGCAGCUUCUCGUGCCAACAAGAAAGAAAUGGCCGAGAAUGCUCAAGUACAUACGUCAAUUUUCUUAGGUCACCCUGAAGACCCCAACAUGGACGGCUUCGGUCUUCGAGCGGAAGUCAUUGUCGAGGGAUGCCCCGACGAUUCUAUCAUCUCUUCGGCUCACGAGUUCUGUCCUUUCAGCCGCGCGUUGCAGUACGGAGCCGAUGUUUCAGUCAUGAAGACUUGAUUGUUACUUCGCGUUCUACACCGGAGUGUCUGAAUUCACCCUAUAAGCUUGAACAGUCUACUGUAAUCCUCUAUUAUGGACCAUUGGAUAGUGCGCUACCCUCUCAUCAUAACAUGUCAUACCAGUUGCACACUGUACAUUUAUAUCUGUAUCAUACUGUAUAUACCCUCAUAAGUGACGAAUAUACUGUACUGUAUCUUUUUUUUUUCCCACUGUACGAGUCGAAAUCGAAUCGAUGUAGCUUACUUUGUGCUCAACGGCUU